AUGCACACUAACGUGGGCAGCAGAGUUCUCGACAAAGAAGGUUUUCUAGGAAGAUUUCCGCCUCCAGUCUAUUAUGAUGAAUACAAAAUUGCCAAUGUACUUGCUGUGCGUGAGAUGAUUGCUGCAGGAUACCGCAUUACUAUGGAUACUGAUGCUGACAAUGCUUUUAUUGUGCAUUGUGAUGAAAACCGAAAGAUGCGAUUUGUGAAUCGUAAGGGUGUGUAUGUGUUGGAGCAACUUGGAGCGAAUGUCGAACCAGGUGCCAAAGAGACAAGUGCGAUGUGCCAUCGCCAGUUAAGCAACUUAAAUAAUCAACCCCAUUUCAAACUUUCUUCAAACAAAAAGAAUGGAUAUGCUGGACUCGAGAUGACCUCCAAGAUGGCAACCGUUCGAAAGAACAAGGAAGGAUUCACUCCAAGACAAGUCAAAGCUGCGAUGGAAGCGAGAAGUGCAAGGCACAUACUCAAUGCUCCAAGCACCAAAAGUCUGAAUUAUGCGAACCGAUCCGAUCUGGUCUCAUCAGACGACGAUUCGGGUGAUGAAGGCGGCGAAGAGGAAGAACGUAUUGUGGCCGAUUUGGAUCACCAUCAAGAAAAUGUCAAUAGAGGAACCGAUGAUAUUGGAAGCCUCGUUACUGAUCUGGAGGACCUACAAGAGCCGCCAGAAGAAGAGAUUGUAUUUGAGCCUGAAGAGCCUCAAGAAGCAAAAGUCACUCGAUCUGGGCAAACGUAUGCGCAAGCUGCAAUGUCUGGGCUGAACCUUUCCCAAGUUCCAAAGAGACCAAGAGAAUGGCCUUCAAGCAGGAGUGGCAGUUCUGACAAUAAGAACAAGAAUUGA